CCAAGGUGGCCUUGAAUGUGCAAUCUUUCAGCUUCAGUCUCCCAAAUGGCUUGGAUGACAGACAUGUGCCACCACAGGAGGACUGGAGCUGGCUCACACCUACUGGGGGUCACCCUUCCCAAUUCCUGUUUCACUGACUUCACGUGGCCAGCAGUAGCUUCCUGGCAGCUCGUCUGGCGCUUUAUUCCAGGCCCUUCCACGGGGUGGCCAAGGGUCUAGGACAGCGAACAGGACAGUCCUCUGAACUAUACAAACUUCAUGCCUUCAAAUCCAGAUCAAAGACUUUGAUAAUGUGCGGGUCUGAGCCACAGCUGGUUGUGGAGAAUGCCUGGAAUCCCAGAAUCUCGGGCCAGUGCCAGGAGCGUGGGCUUUCACACCGUCUGCCUUUCACCUGGAGGUCCUCCCUAAAUUUAGCACCAUUGGCUCACCUCACAGAAUUUGCUUGGAGGGCACCGUUGGCUACAUCUGGUUUUUCUAUCAAAUGCAAAGUUUUCCCCAGCCUGCAGGAAAAAAGGAUGCCAAAAGGAAAAGUGGUUCAUCAGAAUCCUGGAGGAGUGGCUCUCCAAACAUAGGUGAAGAAAUGCAGCUGAGGGACACGAGGAGCUGUGCCGGCAGUGAACAUGAAUCACAUAGAUCCCUUUCAAGAGAAGACUUGUGCAUCUGUCGGAUCCUCCAGGGAGCUGCACAGUUUCUUUGCCAAGGACACACCCUUACCAUGAAAAGGUUUGUUCAUGUUAAGAAUCCUUACUUGGAUACCAUGGAUGAAGACAUCCUGUAUCACUUGGAUUUAGGAACAAAAACACACAAUCUACCAGAAAUGUUUGGGGACGUCAAGUUUGUCUGCGUCGGUGGGAGCCCCAACAGAAUGAGAGCAUUUGCACUGUUCAUGCACAAAGAGCUUGGGUUGGUGGAAGGCGAAGAAGACAUUAAAGACAUCUGUGCUGGAACUGACAGAUACUGCAUGUUCAAAACCGGCCCAGUGCUGUCCAUCAGUCAUGGCAUGGGUGUCCCCUCAAUUUCCAUUAUGCUUCAUGAACUUAUCAAAUUACUACAUCAUGCACGGUGCUGUGACGUUACUAUUAUCAGAAUUGGUACAUCAGGGGGAAUAGGGAUUGCACCCGGGUCUGUUGUAAUAACGGACACAGCUGUAGACUCCUUCUUCAAGCCCCAGUUUGAGCAGGUAAUUUUGGACAAUGUUGUCACUCGAAGUACUGAACUGGACAAGGAGCUGGCGGAAGAACUGUUCAACUGCAGCAAAAAAAUUCCCAACUUCCCAGCCCUCAUCGGACACACAAUGUGUACCUAUGACUUUUAUGAAGGCCAAGGUCGACUUGAUGGAGCAUUGUGCUCUUUUUCUAGAGAAAAGAAGUUGGAUUACUUGAAGCGAGCCUAUGAAGCCGGUGUUAGGAAUAUAGAAAUGGAAUCUACAGUAUUUGCAGCCAUGUGUGGACUCUGUGGUCUAAAAGCUGCUGUGGUCUGUGUGACGCUGCUGGACAGACUUGACUGCGAUCAGAUCACCUUGUCCCAUGAUGUUCUAAUGGAGUACCAGCGACGGCCUCAGCUUCUGAUCUCAAACUUCAUCAAAAAGAAGCUUGGACUCUGUGACCAGAUCUCCUAACUCGGCAGCCUGAUCCUUCUCUGCAAGCAGAGAGGCCGUGUGAUAAUGUGAGGCCACAUACUAUCGGAGGCAUUUUCCAUUCUCUUCUUUCUUCCUGCGGUGUGAGAAUGAACCCAGGGCUUCACAAGGGCUAAGCAGAAGAAGCCAGUGACAUUGCCUCUGUGGCAAGUGUUUCGCCCCUGAACCACAGUCCCAGCCUUGUACCAUUUUCAUCUGGUUCUCAGUCCCAUACUUAAAGUGUAACAGGGAGAUUUCAUGAAAAGUUUUUCUCUUAAAAGCUGAAUUUAUUGGAGGAAAAUUUAAUCCCCACAAUAAAUUACAUUUUAGAACGAGUUAACUAAGUCAGUCUAAUAAUUAAAAUUUUAAACUUCUGCAUUGUGACAUUUGGAGUUUCAUAUUCAGCAUUAAUUAAGCUCACAUCAAAAUAGAUCAGCCAUUUGUAGAUACAGUUACCAGCCACUGUGUCUCUGAAACCAAUCCAGAAAUUCAUGUUAGGACGUUGUCAGGCACAUCUAGGUGUUGGACAAGUGACAGAAAUUCAUCACGCACAUUCAAAAUAUUUAUAGAAAAAAUUGUCAGUGUGAUGUAGGUCUUGAUGAAAGAGUCAUCCUUGGGGGAAUAUGACUAGACUUCUUUUUUACCCUUGCAUGAUUUCAGUCCCUGCAGAACAGGAUUAGAGGUUUAUGUAUGCCUAUGAUUGUGAUUUAUCAUAGAACAUAACAGCUCUGGAUUACACAUUUAUUUUCAAAUAAAACCCCUUGGUAAUUCAAAGAAAGAUGUAUUUUCUUCAGAAAUCACAAGUGACAAAAUUGCCUUCUAGCAAUCUUUUUUCUUUUAAGGGGAUGCUUUAUAUAU